UCUAUUCCCAAAAUGGAACAUAAUGGAAUGUAGAUCAAAAUCACGCUGUUGCUGAUUUCUAGGUUUUCGAGAAUGACGACCAUUAGAACGCCGCCGUUUUCACCCUCCCAAACCACUUGCGGAUCUCUCCUUGUCGAGUUGCAGAAAAUAUGGGAUGAAAUUGGGGAGAGUGAAAGUGAAAGAGAUAAGAUGCUUCUGCAACUUGAGCAAGAAUGCCUUGAUAUCUAUAGAAGGAAGGUUGAAAAAACUAAGAAGCACAGGGCUGAUCUGUGUCAAACACUCAAUGAAGCUGAAACUGAAGUUUCUAGCCUUGUUUCUGCUCUAGGUGAACAUGCGAACCUUGUUCAGAAGGAAAAAGGCACUCUCCAUGAGCAAUUAUCUGCCAUAAAACCUGUAUUGGAAGACUUGAGAAUGAAGAAGCAAGAAAGAAUGAAGGAAUUUUCUGAAACCCAGUCUCAGAUUGUUCGGAUAUGUGCAGAAAUAGCAGGCAAUAUUCAGUCCAUCAAUUCUGUUAAUGCACAAGUAAAUGAGAGGGAUUUGACAAUGAAAAAGUUGGGUGGGCUGAAGUCAUACCUACAAGAGCUUCAGAGUGAAAAGAUUCUUCGUUUGCAGAAAGUCAAUAGCCAUGUUAAUACCAUUCAUGAACUGUCAGUUGUAAUGUCAAUUGAUUUUGUCAAGACAAUAAUUGAAGUUCAUCCAACCCUGGUUGAUCCUUCACAUGGACAAAUGAGGAGUAUUAGCAAUGACACCCUUGCUCGAUUAACAGGCAUGAUUCAUUCACUGAAGGAAGAGAAACUACAAAGGCUUCAAAAGCUUCAAGAUCUUGGGAGCACGCUUAUGGAACUAUGGAAUCUCUUGGACACAUCUGUUGAUGAACAAAAACAAUUUAAGCAUGUUACUUGCUUAAUUUCUUCUUCCAUUGAUGAGGUUGUAAGGCAAGGGUGCCUUGCUCUAGAUGUCAUUGAGCAGACUGAGGUUGAAAUUGAGCGAUUGAAAGUUUUAAAAGCCAGCAAGAUGAAGGAGCUGGUACUCAAGAGGCAAAAUGAGCUUGAAGAAAUUUACAGAGGGGUUCAUAUGGAUUUGGAUACUGAUGCAGCAAGACAAACACUUGUCAGCCUUAUAGAUUCUGGAAAUGUUGAUCUGUCUGAUUUGCUUUCUGGAAUCGAUGACCAGAUUGUAAAGGCUAAAGAGCAAGCUCUAAGCAGGAAGGAUAUUUUGGACAAGGUGGAGAAAUGGAAAUAUGCAUCGGAUGAGGAAAACUGGCUUGAUGACUAUGAGAGGGAUGAAAACCGGUAUAGUGCUGGCAGGGGAGCACAUAAAAAUCUGAAACGGGCAGAGAAGGCACGGAUUCUAGUCAGCAAGAUACCAUGUGAGCUUGAUGGAGGACAGUGCCUGAACUCUGAAACUGCUGCCUGUAAUCUCUCCAUUGGUGGGCCAGCUUUUUGAAUGUUCUUUCAAGAUUGAAGCCAAAUGCUAGGAUUUUAGGUUAGACCUCAGAAAGUGACUAGUUGCUGAGUUCUAGAAAAUAUUGUGCAGAUUUUGUCAAAAGUAGCUAAUUUAUGGUUUCAUGGUGUUUCGUAAUGCCAUAAUGGCCUAAAGAGGUUUAGGGUAUAAAAUUUAGGGUUUUAGAUUAGAAAAUGAAAGAAAAUGGGAGCUACUUGUGUGUAAAAAGUGUGCUCAAACAUCUUUCUUUGGAAGGACUUCCUGUCCUUCUGUGCACAUCUUUCUUUUUUUCUAAUUAGUAAUUCAUGAUCUUUAGAUUUCCAGCACUAUUCAAGUUUCUUGAGUAUAUAGAAUGAGAUGAAAGAGUUAAAAGAUGGUAGAGAAGAAAUAAAUCCUUGGCAAUCCCACCAACAUUCCUACUUCCUAGGCAAACAUACUUAGGGUUAUUUAAGUAAUCACACUUAAAGAGGACAUUCACAUCCUCGAGGAUAAUAUAGUUUGAUGCUGAAUUUUUAUUGAAAUUCUGGCUCUCUAUUUUGAUCAACUAAACUGGUAUACUCUUAUGUCUCACUUCCAUAAAAGGAUACUUUUUGUAAUUCCUUAUCUUUCGUUACGGGAACACAAAUUGAUGUAGGAGAGAAAUAUUAUUUAGAAACUUAAAGAAUAAGAGCUUUUCUAAUAUAACAAGAAAAAUAAAAGAAUAAAGACUUGACACAGUCAACCACUACCUAAAAUUAAACAAGAGCCUCAGUUUAAGCCAAAUUAUGGUUAGCAGCAAAAGGGACUUGAAAUAUUGUUAGUAUCCUAAGUUAAGGCUUGAACAUUAGAACCAAUCUCU